AUGAAUGUUCUACAUUAUUCAUUGAGUUUAAGUGCAUGUCCAAAAUGUCAUUUAUUUAUUUGUAAACAUACAAGUCUAGCUGAUCUUGACUUGAAUGUAACUCAAGAAGAAAUGCAAUCAGUUACGGAAUGCAACAAUACUCAUAUUUCCAUAGAAAAUCAUAUUGGAAACUUGACUCAACAACAUUCAUUACGUGGCAGAAAUAUCUACAUGUUUCCAUCGAUAGCAAAUGAUAAUACUCGUUAUAGUUGGACAACAUUUGGUACAAAUUCUAUUGAAAGUACAAAUACAUCUGGUAAUCUAUCAUCUAAUAAUGAAACCAUAUGCGAAAAUAUUCCAUUCGCAAAUGAAAAUAUAAUUGAAUCAUUAUUACCACCCACGCCAACAUCAACACCUACAUUAAAUCAAAUUGUUCGAACACAAUCUGAAAAAUAUGAUAAAAAAUUUCAAAAGUCAACUCAUUUAAUUAAAAGUUUUUCAUUUUCAACUCUCUACAAUAAAUCAUCAUUAUUUCCUCCUAUAAAACAUGAUAAUCAUUCAAGUACGAAAUUAUAUUCAUACUCAAAUAAAUCGUUUUUUAUUAUGAUCAUUCUUCUAUUAUCGUUUCUUAUUACAAAUACAAUAGAUAUUGUUCUUGUUUAUAUUUAUUAUCAUACUAAUUAUGUAUAUUUCAUAAGUUUUAUCAUUACGAUUGUUUUAUGUGAUAUUAUCUUGUGGAUAAAUAAUUUAAUAGAAUUAAAUACUAUAUCAUCUUGUUUAUUGUUGAUACCAUUUAUGAUGCGCCCACAUUUAUUAUAUGAACUUGUUGAAUUACUGAUAAUUACAUUUGAUAGAAAUUCCAAUAAACUAAUAUUAGAUUCAUCACCAUCCUCAUCUGCAUCAUCAACUAUAACAACAUGCAAGAAGAUCACAUCAGAUAGAACAAGUUCAUCUACCAUACAUCCUUUAUCAUUGUAUAGAAUUAAAAAACGAAGAUUAUUCAAAUAUUUAACACUGUUCUACCUGGUUCAUACUGGAUUUUUAACUUUUAUUAAUAUUUUUUUCUUGUCAAAUAAUCUUCAACAAUCAACAAAAUCUUUUAUAAAUAUGAAUUAUUUUAUUCCUCCAUGGGUAUCAAAUGAUGAUAAGUAUUUAUCGUCAACAUCAAUGAUAAACGCUAUUCCUAAUUAUUCUGCAAAAGUCCAUGAGACAAUAUUUGAUAAUGAACGUAAACAUAUUUCACGCCGAACAAUAUUAUCCGAUUGGACUCAAUUCUUAUUUUCAUCAUCUAUUUCAUUUUCAAUUCCUCUUUCUUCUUCAUUGACAUUCAUUUUAAUUAGUAUUUUAUAUUAUUUAUUAAUAAAUUAUACUCUUUUAUUGACAUUUCUGAUUUUUGAACGUUUCUCAUUCAACAUUAUUUUAUCAAUUUUAUCACGAUUAUGUUUAAUUGUUACACGUAUCUAUGCAUUCAUCUUUCUUUUGCGUCUUCAAAUUUGGUGGUUAUCAACGGGUUUUUUCAUCGUACACUUAACUUUGAUGAUAACGCAACUAUUUCAUCGAUCAAAAUUUAAACAUAAACGAAAUAAAAUGUUCCUACAAAUUAUAUUUUCUUUCAUAACACAUUAUUCAAUUGAUGAUAUAUCAAUAAAUGCUUUGAUAUCAUUGGAAAAUAUAUCUGUAUUUCUCUAUCGUCUUUAUCUAGAAACAUUCCCUUUUAAUCAUAGACAAACGACAUUACGUUUAAUUAUCUUCAUUGCAACACUUAUGUCAUUACAAGUUAUUGGUUUUAUAUUUGAUAUUCUAUCAAAAAAUAUUCUUUACCGAACUAAAACAGCAACAUCCUCGUCCAAAGACGUUUGCUAG